AUGGCGGCGCCGGGAGCUGGUGACCCGCUUAAUGCCAAGAGUGGCGAGGCCCCUCUGGCCCAGCGCAUUGACCCAACUCGGGAGAAGCUGACUCCUGCGCAGCUGCAGUUCAUGCGGCAGGCGCAGCUCGCCCAGUGGCAGAAGACUCUGCCACAGCGGCGGACCCGGAACAUCGUGACCGGCCUGAGCAUCGGGGCCCUCGUGUUAGCUAUUUAUGGUUACACCUUCUACUCAGUGUCCCAGGAGCGGUUCCUAGAUGAGCUGGAGGAUGAGGCCAAAGCUGCUCGGGCCCGAGCGGCGGAAAGGGCAUCAGCUUCCUGA